AUGACCGUGCGUGAGACAGAGACGCCCCUGAUCAGCGUGCACUUCCCGAUGGAACCCGAGGAUAUGCAAAAAGUGCUUGGGGAAAGGCUGGAGCCGGACGUCUAUGACGGCAAAGCGUACAUCCAGGUAUCCCAGUUCUAUAUCUCCAAGCUGGAGAUGUUCGGGGUUGUGCCGAGCCUUAUGAGCAGUUGGUGCAUGCGCAUCUCUGCCUACGUGAAGCUAAAGAAUUCCCAACCCCCCGGCGAGAAGGGCUACGUGAUCCUCUCGGCAGAUUUCGACAGUUCGAUCAGCGGCACCAUCAUGACCAGUGGCUGCAAGAAGUCCCAGCUUGGGACCAUGUGCGGUACCAUCGCAGCAAACCAGACGGAGGAGAGGGACGGCAAGGUGUUCACUGUGGUGCAGGACAAGACACUCCUUUUGCGCCUCGCCGCAAAGCAGGUCCCUAUCUCCAACACGGCUUUCCUGGAGUGGGCCAACCAGCGGUAUGUGCGGUACCAGUUGAGCGAGGACAAGAAGGAGUUGCGCCGUGGCUUGCAGCCCGAAAACGAAAAGACCUUCGAGGGCAGCUACGAGUUGGAGCCCUUCGGCAUAAAGCCCUUCAUAUCCGCGGUCUUCCAGACUAAGUAUGCCGGGUAUGGCUGGGGCUACCUCGACAACAUCACCGACCCAUGCGAGAGGGGCCGCUGCGUCUUCUACGAGAAGGCCGUCUUUUUGGACGAAAACGCGGAAACCCUGUCCAUCGUCAGCAACACAGUCGCUGGCUUCCAGCCCCUGGCAUCAGGCACCCGAGGUGCCAAUGUAUGGGGCUCCGGCACCUACUUCGCGCGGGAUGCGAAGUACGUGGCCGAUGGGGGUUUCUGUGGACAGCCUGCUGCUGACGGAACCCGUCAGAUGUUGGUGUGUCUCCUGAUGACGGGAGUUCCUUGCUUGGGUGAUCCUGAUCACAAGGGAGUCCUACCUUUCCGGAACAAGCCUCAUCGCUACAACUGCUCUGUGGACAGCCUCUCCAGCCCCGAGAUCUUCAUCGUCCAGCACCCAGGUAGCGCUCUCCCAGCCUACCUCAUCACUUUUGCUUGA